UCUCGGUCUGCGUGGCUUUAGUCAGGGAUUUGGCGGAAGACCUCAUCAUGAUAGAGCCAGGCUCUUUUCGGUAGUGCUAAGCAAUAGGACAAGAGGCAACGAGCAGAAACUGAUGCAUGGGAUGUUCCACCUGAGCACGAGGAGGAACUUCUUUACUGUGCAGGUAAUUCUAGAAGCUAUGGAUAUACUCUUCAGGAUAAGAGGAGGCUUGGAUCUUGCAUUUCAGCUAGCAACUACUGAUGAGGCAUCAACAAAAAAGGCAUUAGGAUAUGUUUUCAGUGAUCUUGCAAACAAAUUGUCCUCAGAGGUUCUUGUAUUAAGAAUUUGCCACAGUUCAGUGUAUGUGUGGCCUAACAAUGGUAUGACCACAGUUCCAGAUCUGACUGAUGAGUCUGCAUGUAAGGAGAUAACACGAUUUAUCCAAUUUGAUCAAGAUGACGAGACCAAACGAAAGCCUGGCAAAAAGAAGGAUAAGAAGUUACAAGAUAUGCAGCAGAUAGUCAAUGUAGACCUCAUGUUGGAAAUGACAUCUUCUUUAGCUGCUUUGGCUCCAAUCAUUGAAAGGGAAAAUAAGGAACACCACUACAUAAAUAUGACAUUACCAGUUGAUGUUGUUGUAUCUGUUUCUCCAGAAGAAACGUGGGGAAAGGUACAAAAUCUCCUGGUGAAAGCAAUUCAUGGGCAAUUAGAUGACAUGGAAAGAUGUAUCAUGAAAUACGUGAAAGGAACAUCAAUUGUGGUACCAGAACAAUUUCAUUUCAUGUUACCAGGAAAAAAUCAUCUUGUAACAAUCUCAUACCCUACAGGUAUUUCAGAUGAUCAACUGGAAAGUUACAGAAAGGAAUUGCAUGGGUUAUACAAUCUGCCUUGUGACAGACCAUAUUUCAAGAGAGCAAAUGCUUAUCAUUUUCCAGAUGAACCAUAUAAAGAUGGAUAUCUCAGAAAUCCACACUUACAUCUUAAUUCUCCUGGUAUGGAGCCUGGUAUGGUUUACUUAGUACAUGGUGUGUAUAGUUAUCACCACUAUAUGCAGGAUCGGACUGAUGACAGUGGUUGGGGCUGUGCCUAUAGGUCUUUGCAGACAAUCUGCUCUUGGUUCAAGCACCAAGGUUACAUUGAUAGACCUAUACCAACACACAAGGAAAUUCAACAGGCACUGGUUGAUGCUGGAGACAAGCCUGCAGCAUUUGUUGGAUCACGGCAAUGGAUUGGUUCAAUUGAGGUACAGCUUGUUCUGAAUCAGCUUUUUGGAAUAACAUCUAAAAUAUUAUUUGUCAGCAAGGGUUCUGAACUAGCAUUGCAGGGAAGAGAGCUUGCUAAUCAUUUCAAGACUGAGGGAACUCCAAUUAUGAUUGGUGGAGGUAUUUUAGCUCACACGAUAUUAGGAGUGGCUUGGAAUGAGAUUACAGGGCAAAUAAAAUAUUUGAUUCUAGACCCACAUUACACCGGAGGAGAAGAUCUGCAUGCUGUUUUGGAAAAGGGCUGCUGUGGAUGGAAGGGCCCAGAGUUUUGGAACAAGGAUGCCUAUUAUAAUCUGUGCCUACCUCAACGACCAAAAGCUAUUUAAAUUCCUCUCUUGUGCUGGAACAUGCUAUGUCAGAAUACUAGCUGAUCUAGAUAAAACUGUCCUGUUAUUUAUCAAAAGAAUGCUUUAAGUCAAUCAAAACUCAGUUGAAAUAGAAACGUUGCCGGUGUAAUUUAAAUUAAGAAACUUUUUUUUUAAAUGAAACCUCUAGAAAUAAGAGUUAUCUGCUGUGAACUGCAUUCCUUACAAAUGCAUUUAUUAGGCAACUAAUAUCUGUUCUUUUCCCUAAUGCAACUUUAUAUUUAUAUAGCAUUUUUUGCUAUGCUAAAAUCUUUACAGAUUAAAUGCCCAAUCCUUUUAUUUUAUGGAUUUCUUUCAUGAUGAAAAGAUAAACUGUCCCCUGCCUUUCAGAUUCUACACAGCCAGCUGUCUUGUGCACUGUGAAUCUGUUCAAAGGCAUCGUUUGCUGCUGGUACUGUCAAUGACGGCCUUUUGGGAGUGGGAAAAAAAUGGCUAUAUGUACUGAAUUUUAUGAAUUCUGCUCUCAUAUUUACAUGGAAAAAAAAAUCAAGAGAA